AUGCGCCGCCUGUUGUUUCCGCAGCGUGUGUUGUUGGUUACGCUACUAUGGCAGCAACAGCAGCGACGAUGGGAGUCCGGCGGUGAAAAAAGAUCAGGGGUCCGAGGCGCAUCACCACCACCAACGUCACCGAAGAGGCAGAAGAAAAUGUCCCCUGCCGCAUCGGAACUGUCGCGUAGUGAAGAUGUCGCCAAGCGCGAGGAGCGGCUUGACGUGGAGCGGCACUUUCCAGUCGCCAUGUCCCACCUAAAGGCAACCCCAGUGAGUUCGCAUGUGGCGGAAGAAGGUAGGAAGCGGAGGUGGAGGGAGGUCACGCGUGUCGUAAACGCCGACGGCUAUGCGCCUCCUAAUGAGGACGCACAGGCACCACCUUCUUUUUUCAACGAAGGCAGUCUUGAUAUCCGCGGGGGGACAAAAAAGCGAGGUGCACGAGAGAGAAUGUCUUCACGACGGGAAUCCAUUUCACCGGACGUGCUGCAGCUCUCAGCAGGCAACACGAGGCAACACGGUCUUGCGCUCGCGGAGGAGAGUAAUUUAUCACCCGCGGAUCCUACCAUUGAACCGGAGGGGGAAGAGGGUCGGAGUACAUACGGCGACACCCCCGUGCAGCUCACAGACAUGCUGAAGGAGCGGCUGAUGGAACUAAAGGCUGAAAAAGUGCGUGAGGAUCGAAAUGACACAUAUUUGCCUCGUCGGCUGCGUCUACUGUCGGAUCAGGAGGUGCAAAAACGGCUUGAGGAGAAGAAAGCGCAAAGCGAAAUUGCCGCGAAACCGGUAUCCACUGCGCCAAGAGGCAGAAUAACAACAUUAGCGGAUGUGUUUAAGGAACAUGCAGGGAAUGAUGAGGCAGGCCCUGGCCAGUUAAUGACGUCAGCAGCUGCAACGAAUAAUUCCGUGGUUAUGGAUGCUAUUUUUCGAAGGACGGCCGACUUUAUUCCUGGUGAGACACCAUACGACCCGCUUGCGGACUUUGCGAAGAAAUCCCUUGGCGGGGGCAUUGGCAAAUCGGGCACUCCGGAUGGCUCCGUGUUUCUUCUUCGAUGUCUACCACGUGCUGGUUUCUGUAGCAGACGUGAGGCACUCUCCAUCAUUGCCAGCGGUCAAGUGCGUGUGGAUAACGUGGUGGAAAGAAACCCAUUCCGUCUUGUUCGAGCAGAAAAUAGCAUUCACGUGGAGUCUCAUAGUGGCCGCCUUCGUUUUGCACCGCCACGCCUCUGGAUGUAUCACAAACCAGCGUAUGUCAUCGUCUCCAGAAACGAUGUGGCAGGCCGCACCCUCAUUACCAAGCAUGCCCGUAUACUCGGCAUGGAUCAUCUUGUUCCGGUUGGAUCGCUUCCAAUGCGAGCUCAUGGAUUGCUACUUCUCACCAACGACGGGGAACUUUCACGCCUUCUGGAAAAUCCGAAAACGAUGAUUCAGCAGACGUAUCUGCUGCGUGUUCGGCCCGCCAUUGAUCCUGUGCUGGCGCACAAGUUGAACACGGAAGGCAUAUUGGUGAAUGGGAAGCGGUACAAUAAUGUGGAGUUUUUUGUUAACCCAGCAAUGAAGUCACGGCAUUCAUUGAAGGUGAAGGUAAGAGGUGAGACGAUGCCUGUUGCACACCUUAUGCAGCACCUGGGACGAACUGUGGAGCGCGGUGGCCGUAUAUCCUUUGGUCCAUUUUCAAUGAGCGGACUUCCUGUUGGUUCCAUACGUGAGGUAACGGUACCGCCGUAUUAUAUGCAGCAUUCUGGGGCUGUUUGGAAGGAGUUUAUUGAACGUGACUGGCCCUUUUUUCGUCGACAGCGUGUGUCUCGUUUACGUCGUUUAAGCCGCUACCGUGAGCUAACCCCAAGGGAGUUGGAGGAGCUAGAUAACUUCACAUACGAGGAACUUAAGGAUGCCUUGAGCUUUGAAUCACAAGAGUUAAAGGCGACGUCUGAAGAAGAGUUGCGGCGUAUGUCUGUUCGCCCCACGUUGAAUGAGGAGCCUUUACCCAACGAGUUCGCAAGUGCUGACGUGGAUGGCAACGGUGUUUUUCCAGCGGAGGAAGAAAUUGUGGAGGACAUUACUGCAGUGAUAUGA